CCGCUAUCACUCACAGUCUGACAAUUAUCAAUUAAAACGAGCCGUUACGGACUGCGGUAAUGCACCAUAGGCCGACAAAACGGAUCGGUUGCGUACGAUUUUCGGACAGAUUGAAUACGUUUUAGCAACAUUUAUGCAUACAAUGCACGAUAACUGGUUAUAAACAAAUUUAAGACGUCUAACUGACAGAUGCGGCUGCAGUAACAUAAACCCGAUCUGUGAUUAUCGACCGAUUAAACCGAUCGAGAAAUGUGCGCGGUGUUAAUUUAAUACGAUACUCACGCUUGCGAGAUUAAUGUUUAGACUGUUAAAGUGUGCAAAGUGUAUUUUUUGCAGAAAUGAAGAACAACAACAGCUCUCUGUACGCGGAAAUGCGGGGUAACGGCGCGUCGUGAUUGGUUGUCGUGCGCGUGCACUUCCGGAAACAGCCCGGGUUGCUUCCGGUCUGCGCUCAGUCAGUUUAUUAUCAUACCGUUGCUGGUGUUUGUUGAAUACAUUUGAGGAUAAACAUCUAUAAAAUGUUAUAUUUUUGUUACGUGUUUUAGGCCAUGAGGUAAGUUUUGGAGAUAAAGUGGGUGCCAUGCAAAGACGUCACAGCAGCAACACAGAGGGCAUGCCUCCAGAAAGGAACAGGAGUCAAACUCUCGGUUCUGAGAGUAGUCUCGAUGAAGGAGGGGUGUUUGACUGUUUAAAGCCAAACUCUCCAACGUCCCCUCAUCAGCAGCUCUUCUCUGGACUGGUAGGAGUCUCUGCUGGAAACGUGUCUUCAACUCCCUUCCAGGCUGCUGGGAUUGUUCUUGGCUCUCCCCCAGAUGUCUUUAUCCAGAUGGCAUCUUCUUCCAGGGAUGAAGGCUCUCACCGGACCGAAAACCCACCUUAUCUUCCUCGGCCUCCUCAGCACCAUCAUCAUCAUCACCAUCAUCAUCACUCCGGCCAGCAUCGCUCAUCACUCCUGCAUGUGGCCACCUCUUCUGAGAGGCAUGGGAGUAGAGACGAUGGGGGAGAUGAUACCUCCACCCCUGCCCCUGCUUUCUCUGAACUUAAAUCUGUGGUCACGUGGCUUCAGAGAGGAUUUCCAUUCAUCCUCAUUCUCCUCACUAAAGUCUGCUUCCAGCACAAGCUUGGGAUUGCCAUUUGCAUCGGAAUGAUCAGCACAUUUGCGUUUGCUAACUCGACCCUGAAGCACCAGGUUGCGCUGCGGGAGGAGAGGUCUGUGUUUACAACUUUCUGGAUUAUGAUCUUUCUUGCUGGCAACAUUGCGUAUCUGUACUACACUUUCAGCCCUGAACAACUUCACAAGAGCCUUAUUUUUGCCAAGCCGAACAUCAACAGCUUUAAUUUCUUUGACCUGAUCUGGGCUGUUGGAAUAACAGAUUUUGUGCUGAAAUAUUUCACCAUCGAGCUCAAAUGCCUGAUACUGUUUCUGCCUAAAAUGAUUCUCGCUUUCAAGUCAAGGGGAAAGUUUUAUCUGUUGAUAGAGGAGCUAAGUCAGCUCUUCAGAGCUUUGGUUCCCAUCCAGCUGUGGUACAAGUACAUCAUGGGCGAAGAUCCUUCCAGCAGUUACUUCCUCGGGGCGAUGCUGAUUAUCAUCUAUAGUUUGUGCAAGUCGUUUGAUCUUUGUGGAAGAAUAUCUGGCAUUCAAAAAGCAUGUGUUAUUCUCUGCAGUUCACAGAGUUAUGGUACGAGAGCCAGUGCUCAGCAGUGCAAUGAGGCAGGGGAUGUGUGUGCAAUCUGCCAAGCCGAAUUCAAAGAGCCAGUUGCCCUGCAUUGUCAGCACGUGUUCUGUGAAGAGUGCUUAUGUCUGUGGUUCGACCGUGAGAGAACGUGUCCACUUUGUCGGUCGGCAGUGGUGGAAACGCUUCGUAACUGGAAGGAUGGGACCACAUCUGCCCACUUUCAAAUCUACUGACCAGUCGGAUGACAAAGAUGGUGUGAUCUAUUUUAAACAUGUUAACCAUGCCUAAUAUAUUUCAAUAUUCCCAUUAAGGGAUAGUUCACCUAAAAAUAAAAAUUUCUGUCAUCAUUUUCUUAUCCUCAUGUUGUUCUAAACUUGUUUGAAUUUCUCUUUUAUAAUGAACACAAAAGAAGAUAUUUUUGAGAAAUGAUGGUAAGCACACAGUUGACAGUACCCAUUGACUUCCAUAGUAGGAAAACAAAUAUUAUGAAAGUAUUGUGAUAAAUGAAGAUAUUUUGAUAAAUGAUGGUAAGCACACUGUUGAUGGUACCCAUUAAAUUCCAUAGUAGGAAAACAAAUAUUAUGAAAGUAUUGUGAUAAAUGAAGAUAUUUUGAUAAAUGAUGGUAAGCACACUGUUGAUGGUACCCAUUAAAUUCCAUAGUAGGAAAACAAAUAUUAUGAAAGUAUUGUGAUAAAUGAUGGUAAGCACACAGUUGACAGUGCCCAUUGGCUUCCAUAGUAGGAAAACAAAUAUUAUGAAAGUAUUGUGAUAAAUGAAGAUAUUUUGAUAAAGAUGGUAAACACACAGUUGACAGUAACCAUUGACUUCCAUAGUAGGAAAACAAAUAUUAUGAAAGUAUUGUGAUAAAUGAAGAAAUUUUGAUAAAAGAUGGUAAACACAAAGUUGACAGUAACCAUUGACUUCCAUAGUAGGAAAAACAAAUAUUAUGAAAGGAUUGUGAUAAAUGAAGAUAUUUUGAUAAAAGAUGGUAUGCACACAGCUGCUGUACCCAUUGACUUCCAUAGUAGGAAAACAAAUAGUAUGAAAGUAUUGUGAUAAAUGAAGAUAUGAAGUUUCGUUGCAAAACGAGAUAACUCCAUUUAACAUUUUUUGUCAAGACAUGUUUAUUAUUAUGUUAUCAUGUUAUUAUUUUGUUUGGUUUAAAUC